CUACAUAAUACAUAUGGAGUCGCUCGCCACCAAGUACCGGUCCGCAUCAUAUUGCCGGAAUCGUGUUCCCACCCCAGUCAUUCCAAUUCGAGCUUCGGUCAAUGAGCAAGGGACUUCCAUGCGUUCUACGGCUGUACAGACUACAGACUCUGGGUUCGUGAAUCCUCACACAUCCUGCUUGUCAGGGGAACAUGCAGAAAUUUCUUGCCUCAAUAGGAUCUCACUCUGCUCAGACCGAUUUGAUGUAAGCAAGAUAAAUACAACAGAAUGGACCAUUGUCGCACGUGAUGUGCUAAAAUGGUUGGGGUGAGGUGCUGUUGUUCCAGCAGCGAAGUUGUUUUAUUGUGUGUUGUGUGUAAGUUGUGU